ACAUUUCUGAACAUCUCUAUUCACCUUUUUAACACCUUUACCAUUAAUCUGAGCAUUUUCCUGCACGAAUGUCCUCUUCUGAAGAAAUGCCGGAUUACACAAGCUGGGAUUCGUCCAACUCUCAACCGUGGGUUGAGGAUGGUGAUGUCCAGCACUUUGCCCCUGUUCCCCACGUGUACAACCAGGAACAGGACUUCACCCCCAUCACUCAGGGCCAGGCGUAUUACAACCUGCCUGCCCAGCCACAGCCAUAUUGUGCAAGUUGGGACUGGUCAAACUCUGAUCCGUGGGUUGAGGAUGGGGAUGUCCAGCACCUUGUCCCUGCCCCCCAUGUGUACAACCAGGAACAGGACUUCACCCCGAGCACUCAGGGCCAAGCGUAUUACAGCCUGCCCUCCCAGCCAUAUUGCGCAAGUUGGGAUUCGUUGAGCUCUGAACCAUGGGUUGAGGAUGGGGAUGUCCAGCACCUUGUCCCUGCCCCCCAUGUGUACAACCAGGAACAAGACUUUACCCCCAGAACUCAGGGCCAAGCGUAUUACAGCCUGCCUGCCCAGCCACAGCCAUAUUGCGCAAGUUGGGAUUCAUCGAGCUCUGAACUGUGGGUUGAGGAUGGGGAUGUCCAGCACCUUGUCCCUGCCCCCCAUGUGUACAACCAGGAACAGGACUUCACCCCCAGCACUCAGGGCCAAGCGUAUUACGGCCUGCCUGCCCAGCCACAGCCGUAUUACCUCAGCUGGGACACAAUUUUCUGCUUUGGACCGUGGGUUGGAGCUGGUGACCUGCCACACCCUAUCCCAUCCUCCCACAUGUACCACCAGGAGCAGAUAUUCACUCCCAGCGCUCAGGGCCAGCAGAUAGAGCUUCCAGGGAUGGCUGCAGUGUCAGAGAACCAAAAUUACAGCUCCAUGCCUGAUAACACGAGACAGCAAGGGAUAUUAUGGAGGAAAGUGGAGAAAAAAAAAUACAGCUGCUGCUGUGCUCCAACUUGGAUUAGGUCUAGAAACCAUCCUGAUAAUUUCUUUCAGGAAUCUAUAUGAAAUCUUAGCAGUUCACAUCGACCUCCCCAUAACUGGGGUGACAUUCGGCCUCAGGAGAAAGGGAUGGUCAGAAGGAAGAUACUUAGAGG